ACCUAUACAUGCUACAAGUUGGCUUGUGUUAAUAACAAAUAUAACUUUUACUUUCUGAUAUGCAAAAAACAUGUAAUUCUUUGUCAUUUUUAUAUGACGAACGGGGAUUGCAGGGAAGUUGAGGUUAACCAAAUGCAUCGGGGUAGUAUAUUUGCGAUUAAGACGUUUUUAUGCAAAUUCCGGAACUUUUUUUUUUUGCGAUUGAAAGCUGCCAUGAAAAAAAUGCGAAAUUGAAACAAAAUGGUAACAAGAGAAAGUAUUGCGUUUCGUUUUGCUCUACUCUCGUCGUCAUAAUGGCUUCUUGUAAUUUACUAUUGAUAAGUAUAUCGAAAAACGAAGCCUUUCUUGUCCACCUUCCAUAUAAGAAAAAAAAUUAUUUAUAGGAAAUUUUAGACUCUUAAAUUUUGCGAAAAACGAAAAAUUUUGGACGUUAAAAAUUUCAGUUCUGGCCUAAAUUAAAACCCGACCGAAAAUGUCAGUGAUUAAUUCUAUUUUAAUGGUGUUUCAGGUCAAAUGAAAUGGUUAGAAAUGGACGAAUGGAUAGAUAUUUGCUGUUGGAUUUUAAUUUCUAUGGUAACGGUGUAUCUUCUCAAGAGAACUUGUUCCGGGAUAUAUUUUCUCGAAGAAGGGCGAUUGGAUGAUAAAGUAAUCGUUGUUACCGGUGCAAAUUCAGGUAUAGGUUACGAGACUGCGCUGGAGCUCACGAGAAGGGGUGCGAGUGUUAUACUGGCGUGUCGCGAUAGACAACGCGGUCUUAAAGCUGAGUCGUCAAUUAAAAAAGCAACAAAUUCGUCUGCUGUUCGCUUUCGACAACUAGACUUAGGAUCUUUCAAAUCGAUUCGAACCUUUGCGAAGACGAUAAAACUGGAAGAAAAAAAUUUAUAUGCUUUGAUAAACAACGCCGGUGUAUUUUGGUGCGACUUUUCAACUACGCAAGAUGGCUUUGAAUUAAACUUCGGAGUUAAUUACUUAGGACAUUUCCUUUUAACCAUGUUAUUGCUACCAUUAUUAAACAAUUGUCAAUAUGGCGGCCGAGUAGUGACUGUAUCUUCGAUAAUGCAUAUAUUCGGCCAACUCGAUUUGAAUCAACUGAGCGUUAAGAAACACAACUACAAUUUUGUGAAAGCAUACAGCGAUAGUAAACUGGCCAGUGUAUUGUUUACCAAAGAGCUGACGAAACGAUUAAAACUUCCUCGUGUGACCACGUACUGUGCUGACCCUGGUAUUGUAUCAACAAAUAUUGGACGAGAAUCUAAACUUAUGGGUAGUUACUUCUACAGGGUGCUACUCAUUCCACUUCGCUGGUUGUUUUUUAAAAGCGCUUUCAGCGGCUCGCAAACAGUUAUUUACUGCGUUUGUUCGAGUAGUCCGUUGAAGUAUAGUGGGGCUUGUUUUAGUGAGUGUGAGCAUAGAAGUGCUUGGCCGUCAGCUGUAGAUGAAUGUACAUCCUCUGAACUUUGGAGGGAAAGCGUUAAGCUUACGAAUCUUUCUGACAACGAAAUGAAAUGUUGUAAUUGAAGUUUUCGACGUAGUAUUUAAAAAUAGAACUAUUAUUAUUCGGUACUC